AUGCCGAAACACGAGGACCCUGAUUACCCUAACAAGCUCAUCCAGGCCAACCAGAAACGUCGGCAGAGUGGCCAAAAGUCCAAGAGUACCAACAAUCCUCCCACCCCACUCCUCGAGCAUCCUCAUGCAACACUUAAGUCCAGGCUUCCGUCUGAAGGCGUCCAGGAAAAUUGGUAUCCUACCUUGAGGAAGACCUUGUGGGUCCUAUCAAGGCUGCAUACGUAUGUCAAUGAUGCUAUUUUUGAGGAUUUCGCCGGCGAGGCGGUAGGCAUUUGCUCGGAAUCAAUCAUCAAAGCCUCCAACAUGAUGAACUCGGGCACGAGCCACCAGGCCAGCUCGACGACUCCGGCAAUGAGCUCGAAGAUCCAAGCGAAUUCGAUUGAUCGGGAGCUGUUUGUGAUCAGACAUCUGUUGAUCCUCAAGGAAAUGAUCCGAACACUGGAUGUUGUCCAAGUCGAGCGGGCCGUCGAUCUCGGGCCAAUCACCAAUGUCUUGAAAGAGAUCCUGAACCCAAGCUUCAAAGACUUGCUGAUCUUCAAGCCAAUCACCUUGAUGAAUAAGCUGAAGAACCUCAACCACAGUCAGAUCAAGUUUUCAAACGGAUGCGAUACUCGUCUCAGAGAGAGCAGGACCGCCAUCGCCGCUGCCCGGAGAAGAAUCAACCACCGGACAACUUGA